AUGGCUAGCUCAAUUGUACGCAUGCGAACACUAGGAGCUGCGCGUCAAGUACGCUCCUUCAGCUGCACUGCGCGGCGCAGCGCGGCGGACGUCAAAACACUGGGCGUCAUUGGUGCCGGUCAGAUGGGCCUGGGAAUCGCAUUGGUUGCUGCGCAGAGAGCUCAGGUACCCGUACACCUGAUUGACACAUCCGACAAGGCAUUGAGCAAGGGACUCGCUUUCGCAGAUAAGCUCCUCGCAAAAGAUGUGUCCAAGUCGCGAAUUACACAGGAACAGGCUGAUCAGGCGCGAGCGCUGCUGAAGCCAAGUACCAACAUGGAGGACCUCUCCGCCGUCGAUUUCGUCAUCGAAGCCGUUCCAGAAAUCCCCAAACUCAAGUUCGACAUUUUUGGUAAUCUCGCAAAGAUCUGCCCAAAGCAUGCUAUUCUUGCGACCAACACCUCAUCUAUCUCCAUCACCAAAAUUGCUGCUGCCACGACCACCGACCCCACAGAUACGUCAGCCUCAUCGCGUGUGGUUUCAACACACUUUAUGAACCCUGUUCCCGUCCAAAAGGGCGUCGAGAUCAUCAGCGGUCUCCAGACUAGCAAGGAGACACUCGACACAGCCGUCGAGUUUUGUAAGAAGCUUGGCAAGAUCACCUCGGUUUCUGCUGACACGCCCGGGUUUUUGGCUAACCGCAUUCUGAUGCCGUAUAUUAAUGAGGCCGUGAUUUGCCUUGAGACGGGUGUUGGUGAUCGCGACUCCAUUGAUGCUAUUAUGAAGAAUGGAACCAACGUUCCCAUGGGCCCGCUCCAGCUUGCCGACUUCAUUGGUCUCGAUACAUGUCUGUCAAUCAUGAAGGUCCUGUACAAUGAGACCGGCGACUCCAAGUACCGCCCAAGCGUUCUUCUGGGCAAAAUGGUCGAUGCGGGAUGGCUUGGCAAGAAGAGCGGCAAGGGCUUUUAUGACUAUUAA